CAGGUUGAUCUUAGGAGAUAGGAUUUUUACCCGCUUGAUAACGGCGACACGGUGGACCGUAGGUACGCGUGGAGGAGACUUACCAUCACGGAUCUGUCUCGUACGAUCGGUUCCUCGGCGCGGAAGGUGGGGAUCACCUCUCGGCGGGCAUCUCGAACACGGUCCCGCCGCACGCUUCGGCACCUCAGUUGCGGAAGAAUACCCCUCGUUUUCGGACGCGAAACUAGAUUCCGCGAAUCGAGGCCGCGAUCGUUUCCCCGGGUCUUCCGGUAUCGCCGGUUCGCGAACGGUGGGUGGUGGCCUCGCGGUUCCUCCGCGUUAUCAAUCGAUCUCUCUCCUCCGAACGCGCGCUCGAUCGUUGAAAUUCGACGCGGAACUCGCCGGUCGCGCGAUUCGUCUUUAUCGCGCGCGAGUUCUCGUCGACUCUCCCACGUAGUUCUCCUCUCUCUCUCUCUCUCUCUCUCUCCGAACGCCGGCGAGCCGCGCAAAUUGCCAUAACUCAUUAUCGCCCAGAUAAAGACGCGAUUGUGCUUAUUCGUAACAAAGUCGCGUGUUUUUUCCUCUCCUGCGCUUUCUGUUUGCUCGCUCGCGGGAGCUGACAGAUUAGCCGCUUCUAUGCCGGCGACCGCUGUACAAAUACACCGUCUUCGGUUCGAUUCAAGGUUCGAACGCCUUCUCCUCCUCGUCAUCGUCGUCCUCCUCGUCGGGGCCGAAUAAAUCGGCGAGCCGCGCGCACGAGCCACCGCAGUCAACCCUCCGAUCUCCCGGUAGGCGUAGGUGUCGGCCCGGUAGGCGCGAAAGUCAUGGAGGACACGUGACGACGUGGCGGCGGGACACGCACGAGAGGUGAGGAACUCGAGAAGAGGAAGAAGAGGCGAUUCCGCGAGCGAGCGAGCGAAGGGGGCGAGGCCGGAAAAGCGAUGCCAAGGGCCGCGUGGAAGACGAAGAAGUCACAUCGUCGUAGCCGUGCGAUCCAACGCGAUUGAGGUCACUGAUUGAGGUCCGCUCGGAGCCGCCUGUUGCCUCGCUGGCCGCGUAGGGCAGUCGCUAGGUCGACCGAGGCGAAGAUGAAGAACAACUCGAGCAACUCGAAUCGCGAGAAGAACGGGCCGGAGAACCUGAAGCUGCUGCAGGUGCCCAGCACGCCGGGCGCGACACCCUCGUCGCCCACCACCGCGAGCAGGGGCGUCGAGGAUGUCUUCAGGGAGCUGCCGAUCACCGACGACACCGCCUGCGGUAUAUGGUGCUUCAAGGGCCCGAUCCUCCAGCGAUUCGCCAACAAGAAGGCCUACGUCUUUCUUUACGGUGUGCUCGGCUGCAUAUUCUCCGCCAGUUACGCCUACUUCAACGGCACCAUCACCACCAUCGAGAAGAGAUUCAAGAUACCCUCCAAGACGACGGGUCUCAUCACAGUGGGUAACGACAUCUCGCAGCUCUUCGUCUCCGUCGUUCUCUCGUAUUACGCGGGAAGGGGUCACAGGCCCCGGUGGAUCGCAUUCGGUAUUUACACGGUCGUGCUCUUCUGCUGUCUGACGAUGUUGCCGCAUUUCCUCUACGGGCCCGGCGAGGACGCCCUGUCGCUGACGAAGGAAUACGGCGGGAAGCCGCAGGACGCGAAUACGAGCGAGAUCCCCGACAGACACCGGAAAUUCCUCUGCCUGGCGAAGGAAAAUCGCGGGACCGACUGCGAGGUGGACGACGUGAACUUCGCGCCUCAGGUGCUGCUCUUCAUAGCCCAGCUGGUGUCCGGGGUGGGUGGCUCCCUUUACUACACCCUCGGUGUGUCGUACAUGGACGACAACAUACAGAAAUCGAAGACGCCGGCGUUGAUCAGCUUCUCGUAUUUCCUGAGAAUGCUGGGACCCGCGAUCGGCUACGGGCUGGCCUCGUUCGCCCUGAAGUUCUACAUCAGCCCGACUCUGACUCCCACCAUCACGACGCAAGACCCGAGGUGGUUGGGCGCCUGGUGGCUGGGAUGGAUCAUCCUGGCCAUUCUACUCUUCAUUUUCGCGAGCGUGAUCGCUCUCUUCCCGAAGACCCUGCCGAGGGCGGCCGCCCGCAAAGUUCUCGCUCUGGAGCGCAACCGAUCCGCCACGUGCAUCAAGGGGGAGGGUGAGCCGGAGCUACCGGCCUCGAUCUCGGAUAUGCUGAGGACGUUUAAACGGCUGCUGACGAACACGACUCUGAUGUGCAACAAUCUGGCGACGGUGUUCUACUUUAUGGGCUACAUGCCGUACUGGAUCUUCAUGCCGAAGUACAUCGAGACCCAGUACAAGCAAUCGGCGUCCGUCUCGUCGCUGAUCACCGGCACGGUCGGCCUGGUGUUCAGCGCAUUCGGCAUCCUGCUGUCCGGCCUGAUCAUCUCGAAGUACAAGCCGAAGGCCAGAUACCUGGCGGCCUGGAACGUCAUGAUCGGUAUAAUAUCGAUCAUGGGAAUGAUCUCGUACGCCUUCCUCGGCUGCUCGGCGAACGACAACCAGAUCGCCAUCCAGCCGAGCGGCGCCCUGAAAACCAAGCUGCCCUGCAACGAGCAGUGCAACUGCGACUUCGUCACUUAUAAUCCGGUGUGCUCCGAGCACGGGCAAACUUUCAUAUCCGCCUGUCACGCCGGCUGCCGCAACAUGAAGCUUUUCAGCAACGGUAGCAAAGUUUACACGGACUGCAGCUGCGUGAAGCCGAAACUGUCCCGCUCUCUGACGCACUCGUACGCCAACUUCACAUUCCCACUCCCUACUGAACUGCCUCUGGAGACGAGCGAGCCAAUCGUGGAGACCCUGGGAACGGCCAUCCCGGGCUCGUGUCCGGUCGACUGUAUGCACAAGUUCUACAUCUUCCUGACGGUGGUGUGUCUCUUGAAGUUCAGCGGGGCGACCGGGAGAGCAUCGAAUUUCCUCGUUUCCGUAAGAUGCGUCGACGAGAAGGAUAAGACGGUCGCAAUGGGCUUCGGGUUGACGAUAAUGAGCCUCUUCGCUUUCAUACCAUCGCCUAUUCUGUUUGGAUUUAUCUUAGACAAGACCUGUCUCGUGUGGGGUAAGACAUGCUCGGGCACGGGUAAUUGCUGGCUGUACAAUGGCGAGACUCUGAGGUAUUUGCUGAACUUCACGGCAGCCAGCUUCGUGACGAUCGGCACGUUAUUCGACGUGGGUGUUUGGUAUUACGUGAAGGACGUGAAGAUCUUCGACGAGGAGAUCGAACUGGAGGAUAUAGCCGAGGAGCCCGGCGAGACGCUUUAAAGAAUCAUUAUUGACGCCGAGUAAGCCCACUCGCGGCCCUUCGGGGCGUUGCGUUACGCGAAAGGGAGCCUCGAUCGAGGAUCAGCGAGGAGGAGCAAACGAGGAACGCGCAAGAACCGACAAAUAAAGACUUUACAAGUACCUUAAGCAUCCCCUUAGAUAUUUAAAGCUCGCGGUAAUCUAGGUAGAAUCGAUCGUCGGUGGAUCAUCCGCGGUACUCGAAAGAACAGGAGCCACGACGACGACCUCUCCGAUCUUUCGUCGAUUCUCGAUCCGAUUCGGGUUAAUCCGUGGUCUUUUUAUCGGCGAAUGCCGUUACGGGGGCAAAUUUAUCGUUGUAGAGUGACGUGACUAUAUAUUCGCUUUAUUUCGGACGGUAUGAACGAACACAAAGUGGACGAUCUUAAGUCGCCAAUUGUAGUACGCACGCGUACGGUGUAAGUAUACCUCUCUGUAUGCACCGCUUAGACUGUCAAUGACGGGAGCAAUGAUCCACGUUACCUUAGCGCGAAUCACCUAUUAAAGUCAGAUAAUUGUACAUAACGAUGGUUACACCUUGAAUUAGCGGAUUAGUAAGGGACUAUAAUUUAUCUACGCUCAUAUGAUGUAUUUAUCCGCUGUUUGGACGACAGGUUUAUCCUCCGUCUCGAAAUACUUCCUCCCGGGGACGUCGUUUGCGGCGAGAUGGAAUCUUUAGUCUGUACGUGUAAGACACUUGAUUACUUUACUCCGAAGUAAGGAGAUGUUAGGCGGGUAGACAGAGUAAUCCACAAAAUUACGAUAUGUGAUGGAUUUUAAUCGUGUAAUAAAUUAUA